UUGGGUUACCUACCGGAUUCCUUUCACUACUACAUUGAAACCCUUCUCGUCGGUCUUCUUAUCUACGUUGUUAUGCGAAAUAGAGCUAAACGGCAGCAAGAGAAAUUGUCGAAAAAGUUGACGGAACGACAGAAGGACGAAUUGAUUGCUGAAUGGCAGCCAGAGCCACUUGUUCCAGAGACUCCCCAAGAUCAUCCAGUACUGAACCCAAAAUAUGCCGAUGGAAAAAUGACCAAAGAAGUCUCAAUCGACGGACAGAAGUACCUCAACAUGGCAUCCACCAACUUCCUCAGCUUCAUCGGUGUCAAGAGAAUCGAGGAACGCGCCAAAUCAACGAUCUUCAAGUAUGGAGUAGGCUCCUGUGGACCACGUGGAUUCUACGGUACAGUCGACGUGCAUCUCGAUCUGGAGAAAGAGCUCGCAAAGUUUAUGGGAUGCGAGGAAGCAGUUUUGUACAGUUACGGAUUUGCUACAGUAUCAUCAGCUAUCCCAGCGUACGCCAAGAAAGGAGAUGUGAUUUUUGUGGAUGAGGGAGUCAACUUUGCCAUACAGAAAGGACUACAAGCUUCCCGCAGCCGAGUCGAAUAUUUCAAGCAUAAUGAUAUGGAGGACUUAGAACGACUACUUUUGGAGCAAGAGCAGAAGGAUAAGAAUGAUUUGAAGAAGGCGAAAACCGUUCGGCGAUUCAUUGUUGUAGAAGGACUCUAUGUUAAUCACGCCGAUCUAUGCCCACUUCCGAAGAUUAUUGAAUUCAAAUGGAGAUUCAAAGUUCGUGUGUUCAUCGAUGAGAGCUGGUCGUUUGGAAUUAUUGGAAAAACUGGAAGAGGAGUUACUGAACACUUCAAUGUGCCAAUGGAAGAUGUGGAUAUGGUGAUGGCAUCGUUGGAGAACGCGUUGGCAUCCACUGGAGGAUUCUGCGUCGGUAGAUCAUAUGUCGUUGGACAUCAAAGAUUGUCUGGUCUCGGAUACUGUUUCUCUGCUUCGCUUCCACCACUUCUGGCCACCGCCGCUUCUGAAGCUAUCGCUAUCAUUGAUGAAGAGCCUGAUAGAGUUCAGAAGGUUACAAAAAUGUCGAUCGAGGGACAAAAGAAGUUGGAAAAUGUUUUGAAAGGAUCGAAAUUCGUAUUGCAAGGAUGUCCGGAAAGCCCGAUGAAACACAUUUAUUACGAUGGAAACGACGAGGAGAAGAAUUUAGAUAAACUAGUGGACACAGUAUUCAAUGACAGUCAUCUUCUACUUACUCGUGCCAGAUAUCUUGAUAAAGAUGAAAUGUUCAAAGUUCGUCCCAGCAUCCGCGUCAUGUUCCAAUACGAUUUAACCGAUGCCGAAAUCGACAGAGCUGUGGAAGCAAUC